CGGACCCAACCUGUCUGCGUGCACAGCUCCAUGAGGAACAGGGCUACUGACCUACCGCUUGGCACAGGGAGACAACAACAGUAUACCUUGAUGGUAAUGGAGCCAGAUUUGGGCCAGUGCAUUGGUAGCAUCCUCAGCCAGACCAAGCCUCUCGGCCCCACUCGGACCCAACCUGUCUGCGUGCACAGCUCCAUGAGGAACAGGGCUACUGACCUACCGCUUGGCACAGGGAGACAACAACAGUAUACCUUGAUGGUAAUGGAGCCAGAUUUGGGCCAGUGCAUUGGUAGCAUCCUCAGCCAGACCAAGCCUCUCGGCCCCACUCGGACCCAACCUGUCUGCGUGCACAGCUCCAUGAGGAACAGGGCUACUGACCUACCGCUUGGCACAGGGACCAUACAAUAGUAUACCUUGAUGGUAAUGGAGCCAGAUUUGGGUCAGUGCAUUGGUAGCAUCCUCAGCCAGACCAAGCCUCUCGGCCCCACUCGGACCCAACCUGUCUGCGCGCACAGAUCCAUGAGGAACAGGGCUACUGACCUACCGCUUGGCACAGGGACCAUUUAAUAGUAUACCUUGAUGGUAAUGGAGCCAGAUUUGGGCCAGUGCAUUGGUAGCAUCCUCAGCCAGUCCAAGCCUCUCGGCCCCACUCGGACCCAACCUGUCUGCGUGCACAGCUCCAUGAGGAACAGGGCUA